ACUUUCUCCCUUAGCCGUCGAAGCUGAACCACCUGUCACAUUUGAACAAGAUCCAACCCAAUAUGUUCAAUCACGAUUCUGGAACUUGAUUAUGUGGCAUAAUCCCGCAAAGUCAGCCAUUUACUUGGCAGCAUCAUUAUUGGGACUUAUCAUUACACAACACUAUUCGCUUCUCCAAAUUUUUGCCGCGAUUGCCACGAUAGCAAUAGGUGUCAACUGGGUAUUCGUCAAUGCACAUGUGCAAGGUCAAAAAUUGUUUGCUUCCAACACCGCCGAUAUCAAUAACACCACCGCCAAUCCUCACCGCAGUCGUCUUAAUACACGAUCUCAACCUUUGUCCCGCCAACGGGUCACCAAGUUAUCAAACACCCUUGUCGAUGUAUCGGAGAUUCUUGCUACUGAAGGUGUCAAGAUUGUCUUGAUUGAUGAUAACAAGCGCUCUCUCAAGUAUUUGUGUGGUUUCUAUGUCCUUUGGACUGUUGCCAAGUAUUUGCCAAGCAGAUGGAUUAUUGGUCUUAGUAUCGCUUUGGUCUUCAGUGUUCCCAAGUUAUAUUAUAGACACCAAGACCUCGUUGAUGCUCGUAUAAAUCAAGCCACUGGCAUCCUCAACGAGAAGGCCCAAGUUGCUCGCUCUAUGGCUGAAAAGCAUGCUUCAACCGCUUAUCAACAAAUCAGCACUCGUAUUAACGGUGCCGUGCAAUCUCCCAAGAAGACGCAAUAAAAAAUGUCUUUUUAGCUCGACCCUCGUUACUUUUUCUGUGC